AUGGUGGAUGCGGAUGAGGAGAAAGGUCGCAGUGAAUCGGUUGAGGUGUUCUUCGCAGGUUCAACCAUCCGAGCGCUUGGCAACAAAUGCAACUCAAAUUCAUCCUCCAAUUUAAAAACUGCCCUCUAUGAUAACUGUUUGUAUGAGGUGGUCAAUAGUCAGAACAACAAUAACUUGUAUUCGAAACCUGUGAAGAAAUGUCCUAUUGUUACUGAUAUGUAA